AAGCUGUAUGGCACCAAUUUGGGAACAACGGUCCCCGUUUUCCCGUUGCGAUUUUCUGAAUAUCGCGUAUAACUUUCUAACAGGAUAACAGUCAGUUCUGAAAAUUUGGCAUUUGGUUCGGAGCACUAGUGCUGCAUUUGAGCAGAGAAUGGGCGUUCGACAACGCAUAGUUUGUUUUUGUAGUGUAUGAAACUACCUAGUUUUUUGUGGCUGACAUCUCUGUACUUCCAAAAUCACCUUACUAACAAACUCCUUCAGUGCCACAAUUGGAACUCUUUCUGGUGCGAGGUUAUUUUGACUUCAAGAAAGUGUAUGACGACCUUCUUAUUUCGAGAAAAAUAGGAAAGGCCAACCAGUAAUCGCCUGCCCGUGUAGACGGUGCUGGGCGCCUGGUCCAAACGUGACGUUUGCAUUUUUAGUAUACUGGCCAGUUUCGUGUCGAACAAUAGGGUUUACCUCCUGCAUUGGUGCCACACAUAAGCACAUUCCACUAAAUUGUAGUAGUGGUUAUGACAAUAGCCUUUCAGCUACUACAGUAAAACUAGGAAAAUUGAUUGCACGUUUUUGUCAUUGGUGUGCUCCGUACGGGAUAUUGGAAAUGACACCCCGUGCCAGCUCAUUUCUGCGACCUGACUGUGCAAAAACUUAACCGUUCAGCAAUUUAAGAUAUCUAGGAACUAACUGCUAAAAUGGGAAAUCAAUCCAAACCACUUCUGUGACUGCAUCAUAUCUUCAAGAUGGAAUGCCCUGCAGAGAGCAAGUCGUCUGCUGCUUGCGCAGGAGUUGUGGUGACGUCAAAACAACGCCGAGCUCCAGUCGGCUUUGAAUAAAAAGAUAUUGGGUAGACCUCUAUGCUAGAUGCCUUGAGACAUCUACCCACUAUCUUUUUCAAUCGGCCAAUAAGCGUUUGGGCAUCAUCGCAACCCCCGUCCAAGAAGCAGACGAACUUGCGCUCCACAAAUAUCUGAACAGGUUUACUGAAAGAAGUUGGAGCUGUAAUAGUUGGUGGAGGAGAAAGAGGAUAUCCCACAAGAAGUUGCAAGCAAUGGCAUGGAAGAAAAAGAAGUAUGCUCUAGUACGGCUGGAUCAGGGCUGGUUGGUGUGAGGUGGUUCCCCAGUGAACCAACAACGGGAGAAUGGCUCUUCGUCAUCCCUUGGAGACGUUGAGUUUCUUGCUCCUGUUUUAUACCGGAACCACAACCCAGUAUUUCAUGUGCCCAACGAACCCGACGCAGUGCCUCAAGGAGUGCAUGGUGACACGUGGCGUUCCAGGCUACUGUGGCGGCUUCCUAAAUAGCCGUUGUUACUGUGCGGACAGCGAAACGCCAGAUCAGCUCCCAUCAACAGAAGAGCAGUAUAACCAUGAAGAAGUGCCACUAGCAACGCAACAACCGGCGGAAAAAUUGAUUCCAGUAGCGGUCCAUUUCGUGGGAGGCGAUGAAGCUGUGGACGCUGCAAUGGAAGAACUCUUAGCGCUAGAUGCCUACCGGGACGACGUUGUUGAGGAGAGACCCGUUAAAAUCGGGAAUAAUGAUCCGCUGUAG